CGAAAUACGUUGGAAGUAGAGUUAGGUUAGGUUGUGUUAAUAAAAGAUCCAAAACAUUAGAUUAUGCUUCGUUUGUUACCGUUCCAUUGUUGUUACAAGCAUAUUUUUGUUAUUUACAACAUUAUAUGUAAUUACGUACAAAGAUUAUUAUUAGAUUAAUGCUUUGAUUGAGUUAGAAAAUUCGAGAUUACUUGUUACACAUUUCAAUAAAUAUUCAGAGGUUAUAAACGAUUACAUUGAUUAGAUUGGAAGACUCGAAGAGAAUUAGUUAUCAAAAUGGUUUUUCUUCUUUACUGGAUUUACAAAAAUCUUAUCGAAUACAUACUAAUAGGCUGCAUAUUAUUACUUAAGUAAUUUUAAUUCUUGCGCCUUGAUAUGUAGCCAGCAAUCAUGAAACUAUCUUUGUCUGUUUUAUUUUUAAAAAAGCCAUAUUUAUUCAUAUUAUAUACUAUAGUUAAGAUUUUCUUUUCAUUUAAUAUACAUCAUCUAGACAAAAACACGCAAGCACAAAAUUAAAAUAGGCUGUACUAACACAGAUUGUAGCACGUUUUGUUGGCAAAACAUGAGCAGCGAUGGAGCACUGGGAGGCCCUACAGAGAACUCCAUCAGGGAAAAGCUGCAAGUUGCGCUGAAACCCCUGCAUUGCGACAUUAUUAAUGAAUCCUAUAUGCACAAUGUCCCUAAAGGCUCUGAGACGCACUUUAAAAUAGUAGUGGUAUCUGAGAAAUUUAAUCAGCAGUCACUGAUCAAGCGACACCGAAUGGUGAACGAGUUGUUGCAAGCAGAAUUACAAACAGGGGUACAUGCCUUAUCAAUAGUCGCAAAAACCCCGGAACAAUGGGAAGCGAGCAGUAAAGUAGUGACUGCGAGUCCCGCUUGCAGAGGCGGCUUCGGAAAAUAAAGUCAUUAAUAGUUUACGGUUAAUUAAAAAUAUUUUAAGCCAUGAAAAUAAUUUAAAUAGUAUAAAAAUAUCAAGCAAUAAAAACGUAGCUCGUUGUGAUUUAUAUAUAACAGUCCGUUUUUUUUUUAUUGGAUGAGAUCAUUGCACACACAUGCAUGCGCACACAUACGAGAUGUACACUUGCUUACUUUUGUAUAUGAACAGAAAUGGAUAAAUAAAAAAUAUUUUAAUUUUGUA